GAAACAAAGAAUGAUGAUGCAUGUGCGAGAAUAAUCACUGAAUACCAAAAAUCUAAUAAAGAUCCGGAAUUUAGCGCGAAAUAUUCUGAUGUGAAGGCUUGCCUUGAAACAUUUCCUUAUGACAGAGAAAUAGCUGAAAGUAAAACAAUUCAAGGAUUUUAUGUAUAUUUAUCACAAGCUAAGGAAGGACCCCAGCAAGGAUUUUCGUUUAGAGCCGUUGAUUUGAUUAAGGAACUAGAUGAAUUAUUAUUAAAGGAUUACACGACAGAGUUUCAAUUCAUGCAUGAUAUACGCACAUUGUUUUUAGAAUUGAAAGAUCCACAUCUGGAAUUUUCACCAGAGUGUUAUUUAUCAACAUUCAAGUAUAGCCAACAACUUUCAUUAUAUUCAGUAAUCAAUGAAGAUGAUGUGCAAAUAAUCAAAAUAUUCGAUGAUGAAAUAGAUGGUGGCAACAUUGAUUGUGAGGUGACACACAUUGAUGGAAGACCUUCAAUGGAGGUUAUUCAAGAAUUUGCAGAUACAAUGUUAUCUAAUUCAAAAGACGCAGGAGUAAGAUUUAAUUUAGCUUUAGCAGCAUUAAGAAUUAAUGAGAUGGGAUACAAAAGUAUCUCCGAUUAUUCUAACCAGUUUACGUUAAGAUAUUCACUACCGGAAAAGUCUUCAAUAGAAUACUCUCUUAUAUGUGCAAAUGAUGUAAAGACUAAAUUUGUUAGGGAAUGGAAGAUUGGAUCACCCUAUUAUGAUAGGUUUAAUACAUCGGAAGAAUUUCGGGAUGCAUUUUGUAUAUUGAAAGACAUUCCAACCAAUCUCUCUGAUAAAUUUAGUAAAAUGUUUGACCCAAUAAUUUAUGAUGAAUCAAUGAGUGAUGUUGAAUUAGUCUAUAACACAUCGAUGGCUACUUUUUAUAUGUUGAGUGAUAAUAAAACAGGGGUUGUGGCCAUCCCAACAGUUUACCCAUCGGAUUGGAUUGACCAAACGUUUAAACUACAAACCGGAUUUAGUCUAUUAGAAGAAAGAGGCGUAACAAAACUCGUACUGGAUUUUAGCGAGAAUCCUGGAGGAAUUAGUGAUUUGUCACGAGCAGCAUUUGAGGCAGCAACAAUACAAUCAAGUUCUGUCGAUGUAACAGAUAAAAUACAAGUCACGAUACCACCAAGCCUAAGUACCGAACACUUAGUUAGAUGGGCCGCAAAUACUGUGAACUUAGUUUUCCAACCAACUUCAAUAUUCGACAUUUUCGCUUACAAAGAUCCAAAUACAGAUAACCACUUUCGCACGGUAGACGAAUUUAUUGGUAAUAAUACAUACGUAAGGGGAGAAACCCCUACAACAUAUACAUCAAAAUUUGUUGGUAGAUAUUCUCAAGAAUUUAGUCUAUUUAUCAAAUUAUUAGCAGGAAAUAUUAAAGAAUAUAAGUGGAAGAGUGAAGAUAUUAUGAUAUUAACCAAUGGAAAUUGUGGUUCAUCAUGUUCAACGAUUACUCAUCGUAUGGCGGAAAAAUUUAAUGUAAGCACAGUCGCAGUUGGUGGUUAUAAGGAUACGCCAUUAUCUUAUGCUUCAUAUCCUGGUGGUCAAGUUUCCACAUUUGAUGACUUGUAUAUAGAAUUGUUUGGUAUUGGAAUAUUGCAAAAUGAAUCAUUAAAGGAUUUAAUUCCAUCUCAAUUUAAGAUUCCUUUGACAUUUUCGUUUACGAUAAAAGAGAAUUAUGAUGACAAUAACUACGAUGUAUUAGAAUAUACUUAUAAACCAGCUAAACAUAGAUUAUACUAUGACGAGCAAAGUGCGAGAGAUCCUAGUCGAUUAUGGCUAAAAGCUGCUAGUUUAUUGUCCUAA